CAAUUUCACAUCAUCAUUACUGCUUCUCAGUCCCGGUUCUUUCUUGGUGUUCGAGUGCAUGGAUGCGAAUCGCUCCAUCCAAGCGUCGCAGCGCCUUUCUGCCGACUUGACCGCCGACGCGCCUGAGACAGACCCUCCCAUCGACUUGUCCGACCAGCACGAUGCUUCAACCGCAGUCAUUGGACAACAAGCAUCGACAGCAGCAGCACCAAGCGUCAAGCAGCAGACGCCUCGCGAGCGGAGGCGGUUUGCGUUCGGACUCUUCCUUCUGCUGCUCGUCGUCAUCAUCUGGGUUGGCUCGGCCGAACUUCAGCAGCCGCAUUGAACGCGACACAGAACACUCACGUUUGAAUGAUAAUGUUGGAAACGGUGUUCACAGUACAUCUUUGAUGAUAACGAUUUCAACCACCCAAUGUUCCUGACAUACACGAACAAUGCAAUGUUCAGCGUGUACCUGCUCGGAUUUCUAUUCGUACCUGCAUGGCGGCAGCGGCCAUUCGGGUUUGGUGGACGACCUCGUUGGAUGCUGCACAGAAUCAAGCGAUUCUUGCGAAUGCGAGCUUCCAACGAUCAGCCCUACGAGCAACUUGUCAACAACCCGAACGAAGAGGCAAAUAUCGCACAUGACCAGGGCGCCACCACUGAGACGGCGGCUGUUAUUCCAUUCACCAUUCGCGAGACCAUGAAUGUCUCCCUCACCUUUAGCAUCCUGUGGUUUAUCGCCAAUUAUCUAUACAAUGUUGCGUUGACACGCACGUCGGUUGCUUCGGCCACCAUUUUGAGUUCCACCUCUGGUCUCUGGACCCUGCUAAUGGGAGCUCUCUUCCUUCCCACCUCCGCAGACAAGUUCACCUGGAACAAGCUGUUGGCCGUCGCGCUGAGCAUUGGCGGUGUCGUCUUGGUGAACGCGGGCGAGGUUGGGUUUUCAUCCGGCGAUAUCUUUGCCCUGUUCUCGGCCGUGUUCUACGCCUGCUAUCUCGUUUUCUUCAAGAGGUUUGGCGACGAAGACCGCAUGAUCAUGGCCAUGUUUUUCGGAUUCGUCGGACUCUUCAACGUCGUCUUGACGCUUCCACUGUUUUUCAUUUUUGACGCGACGGGCUGGGAAAAGUUUGGCUGGCCACCCAGCAGGAUGACCUGGCUCUACUUGAUUGUCAAUGCCGUGAUUGGCACGGUUGUGUCUGACUAUGUCUGGCUCUGGGCGACAAUGUUGACCUCGCCAGCAAUUACGACGUUGGGAUUGAGUCUCACCAUCCCCCUCGCCAUCGUCGUCGACGUCCUGUUCAAGGGCAUCACAGUCGGCGCCAUGUUUGCCUGCGGUACAGUCUUGGUCUUUGGAGGUUUUGUGCUCCUCAACUGCGAGAUUUACUACGGCGUUUCCGUUGUCGAUGCUGUUCGACGGCGGCUGCGCCGAUGUUGACUUUUUUUUUUUGUUCUGCCUGUUGUUAUCAUGUGUCGUCUCUAUCUAUUAUUUACGAUUAUUCAGCCUUCACUUGUCAUCAUCUCAUCAAUCUUUGU